CCAUGUUCGAACCAGCACGCGGCAUUGGUCAGUCUAGUACGACAUCUCGGCAUGGUCACCCUCGAGCCGGUGUCAAUGCGGGCCAGCCCCCCCUCGGCUGCCGCCAGAGAGCAUGCUGAGUGGCCACAGGCGGAAAAGAAGAAGAAGCGCUCGAGCGCCCCGAAAGCCAGGACAGGAUGCCGUGAAUGCAAAGCAUCACAUGUGCGGUGCAACGAAAAACAGCCCACCUGCGGCCGAUGUCAGCGGCGCAAAACUGCCUGCACUUAUCUCGCGGUACAGCCCAAGCAGCGAGGUGGCGGUGGCAGGGCAGCCCGGACGACGCAGGUGCAGCCGGCAUACCGGAAACUGCUCCCCUCUACCGAUCUGCCACCUCUGACGCGCCUCGUCGAGCCGGCCGCGACAUGCCUCAGCCCGCGCGAGAUACAGUACUUUGACACGUUCCGGCACAGCGUCGUGUUCCAGCUCGGCUACGGCUACGGCUACAAUGGGUUCUGGCAGCGCACCGUGCUGCGCGAGAUCACGCGGGACGACUGCGUCCGCAACGCCGUCGUCGCCAUCGGGGCCCUCGCCCGAGCCCAGGGAGAACACGACCAGGUCGCGGCCAGAGACGAGAAGGAAGGGGGCCGGAGACCAGGAAAGCCACGCCUGCCGCUGUGCAAGGCCGGCCAGCUGAGCCCGUCGAGCCACUACUACCACGCCCUGACGCACUACACCCGAGCCGUGGGCUCGUUCCGGCGGCUCAUUGACAUUGCGUCGCGGGAGAACGACUCUGGGACUCGUCAAGAAGGCGAAGGCGAAGGCGGCGGCGGCAGCGGCGGCCGUGGCCAUGGCAGCAGCGGGGGUUCGAAACGAGCAGUCCUCAUCGCGACCAUACUACUCGUGGCAUUCGAGUCGCUCCAAGGCAACACGGCAUCGGCGGACCAGCUCUCGGCGCGAUCACUGUCGCUGCUCCAGAACAGCAUCAUGCAGGGCACUCUCGGCGAAGCAAAAAAAGGGAACAAUAGCAACAGCAGCAGCCUUCUUCCGCCCUCGCGGAUCGCCAGAUCCGUCGACGACGAGGGGACAUACGAGACCGAGGUGCUGCUCGUGCGCGACACCUUCUUCAGCUCGGGACUGUCCUCGACGUUUGCAAAAGCGAGGGAGGUGGUGACUCGGAUCGCGCGGACCACGGCGCGCGGGCCUCUGCCGCCGGAUGCCAGCGAGGACGUGGUGGUGUUCUCGAGGAUGUGGACGCGGUGUCUAAUCCUGUCGUCUCUGUGGUACGUCCGCAUGUAUCACAUGUUUGCUGCGCACCAGUGUGCCUUUGCCACCCACACGGCCGGAGGAGAGGAUACAGGUCGCGAGGAGGCAGCUGCCGCUCGCGCAGACACAGAGGAUGCACCAGGAUCAGCGACAUCAGCGGCGGACGCGCGGUCCACUUUCCGCCGGGAGCAAGCCGUCGUCAUCAAGACCCUCAAGGCCUGGAAGACGGCUACCGAGCAACGUCUCGCCAUCGCCAGUGCGCGCGUGGAAGCAUUGAAAGCGGCAGCGGCAGUGGCAGACAACACUACCACUACCGCCAGUGCUGAGGAGCUUGCGGCUGCUGAGCAGGAGAUGAUCACGUACCACGAGAUUGCUGUCGCCGUGCUAGGCGUUCAGCUGUCUGCCUGCACGGUGUCCGACAUGUCUGAGAGGAUCUGGGAUCAGUACGAGCUCGAAAUAGCAGAUCUGGUCACACGAAUGGAGAGCAUGCGUAGUGAGAAGAAGGCGGCGAUGGCCUCGAGCAGUGGUGGCUGGCGCCUGCGGCACCAUUGCGAUGGGUUUGAAGGGCCGCGUCCCGUGCUGGGCCACAUUGCGCAGCGGACGCGCAGUCCGGACUUGAGGAGGCGGCUCAUGCAGCUGUGGAGGAGUGGGCUGGACAGCAAGGCCCACUGGGAUGUCCAGGGCAAUUACCUGGGGUCACUGGCGGUUUUCGAGGUUGAAGAAGAAGGAAGAGACAAGGAAACUGGCAAGAUACCCAUGGAAAAACAGUAUGAGUGGGUUGGUGGGAAGUGGAGUGACGACUAUUCAGAGUUCGCGGCCACGUUGAUGGCCAAGGUGCCGGGCGAGAACGGGGUGCCGGAGAUGAAAGUCGUGGUGAUGCCGGCUCUGGAGCCGUGAACUUGGCACAGGGUAGAAAUGGCUAGCCUAUCUAGUUUGACGGAUUAACCCCCUUGACUUGCAACUAUAAAAAGACUGGAC